ACUUAAAAGUGACCAAACUGGAGAGGAAUAAUAGAGGACAUGUUGGACAAAGGAUGUUGAAUGUGUAACAGGAGGGGAGGAGAGAAGAAGAAAACCAUGGGAAAGUUUCAUGGAUGGAUGUAGUGGAGCGGGAUUUGCAUAGACAUGAAUAAGGGAUGUGACAGGGAAGGAUGAUGGGUAUAGAGUUGGAUAGCGACCCCUAAAGGAAGCAGAUUAAAAAAAGACAACGAACUUGUGAAAAUCCUUGUUUUUAGGAUUUUUUUUUUUUAGUGUUUCGGUGGAAGUGAAUAGCUGCUACAAGUGCCGGAGAAAAAUCACCACAAACUCACAAUUAUUAUUAUUUUAUUAUCUAUUUUUUUUAGUAAACCAGCCAGUUAAAAAAAAUGCCUUUUGACGUAAUGAGAAGCUACGCGCAAGACUGUCACGUGAUUUAUUUUUUUGGCUAGAGCCAUAUUUUUGUAGCUACUGCUGUAAGAAGCUACCUCUAAAGCAAAACCAGAGGCUUGCAGCUUCGCCUACCAACGCCAUGGAUUUCAACGUGAAGAAGUUAGCCAGCGGUGCGGGGCUGUUUUUCACGCGAGCCGUCCAGUAUACUGAGGAGAAGCUGGGCCAGGCGGAAAGGACAGAGUUGGAUGCUCACUUUGAGAACCUAAUGAGCCGCGCUGACUGCACCAAACACUGGACAGAGAAGAUCUACAGACAGACUGAGUACCUGCUGCAGCCCAACCCAAUUGAUCAUACUGGUGCCAGAAUUGAGGAGUUUCUCUAUGAAAAGCUGGACAUGAAAGCACCCUCCAGGGUUACCAACGCAGAGCUGCUGGGUCAGUAUAUGGAAGAUGCUGCGAAGGAGUUUGGGCCUGGUACACCGUACGGGAGCACUUUGCUGAAAGUUGGGGACUGUGAGAGGAGACUGGGAGCAGCAGAGAGAGAGUUCAUUCAGACCUCAGCCAUCAGCUUCCUCAAUCCACUCAGGAACUUCCUGGAAGGAGACUGGCGAACCAUCUCAAGAGAGCGCCGUCUGCUGGAGAACCUUCGCCUGGACCUGGACGCCUGUAAAGCACGUGUAAAGAAGGCCAAGGCGGCCGAGGCCAAGGCAGCGUGCGAGGGUGCAGUGGCCCCAGAUUUUCAGGAGACCAGACCUCGCAACUAUGUUCUUUCUGCCAGUGCCUCUGCGCUCUGGACUGAGGAAGUGGAAAAAGCUGAACAAGAUCUCAGGCUGGCUCAGACAGAGUUCGAUCGGCAGGCAGAAGUUACACGGCUGCUUUUGGAAGGCAUCAGUAGUACGCAUGUGAACCACCUGCGCUGCCUGCAUGAGUUUGUGGAAGCUCAGGCCGCUUACUAUAAGCAGGGUCAUCUUCAUAUGCUGGAGCUGCAGAAAGAGCUGGGAAGUGCUGAUGAGGAUGUGCUUCCCAAUGCUUUUGCACUGAACUCCACUCACUCCGUGGCUGCUGCAGCCGGCGCGUCAGAAGGCACAGAGAGCCCAGUGGAGACGGAGACGCUGAAGAUUGAAGAAGUCCAGGCACCAGCUACAGGAACCCGCAAAGCCAAAGUUCUGUAUGACUAUGAUGCUGCUGAUUCAAGUGAGCUCUCCCUUCUGGCUGAUGAGCUGAUUACAGUUUACACGGUGCCAGGAAUGGACUCUGACUGGCUGAUUGGAGAGAAAGGAAAUCAGAAAGGAAAAGUGCCUGUCACAUACCUGGAGCUUCUGAGUUAGAGUGCAUGCAUGUGCAUGAGUGUGGACGGGCACGACUGAAGCUUUCACUUCAUAGGAAGUCACACUUCCACUAGCGAGUAAGCUUCAGUAAACACUCCACUGCAAUCCGCUGCACACACUCCUCAGAACAAUAACAGAAGGUCUCAACAUAGUGGCACUGUUACAGUGAGAGCAGGAAACUCCCUGGCUGGGAUCAGUCACAUUCCUCCUAGACCAGUUUUGGUGAUGUCAUAACAAUGUUGUCAUUGAUAUUCUUCUAUUUAUUGAAGUGCAUGUCAGAUGUUUAAUCAGAGGAUUUCUGAUGCUAACUUAUUUGUUUUUCCGAGUGUUUCUUCAUGUUUUUACAGGCCUUCCAACAAUCUGGGAAAAACCUCCCAAAAAUAUAGAGUGAUGUGAAAAAGUGUCUUCCCCUCUGUUUUUUUUUUUUUUUUUUUUGCAGGUAACAUAUGUAAACACAAAAUGCAAUUUUUAAAUGAGGAUGUUUAUUAUUACAGGUAGGCCUGUGGUGAUAAACAAAUCAAUUAAUUGCACGAUAAAUUAAAAUGAGCUCCAUACUAAAAUGAGGGCU